GGAGGCAUGAGCCCCCGGCUUCGUGGUUGGGCCCGGUAGCACGCCGUGGGACAGGAGUGUGCGCCCACACAUGGUUUGGCCCUGCAGCGACCACAGCAGCCCGGGCCGCCACCAUGAUGAAGCUGCUGGUGGCCAAAAUCCUUUGUAUGGUGGGCGUGUUCUUCUUCAUGCUGCUUGGCUCCCUGCUCCCCGUGAAGAUCAUCGAGACGGAUUUUGAGAAGGCCCAUCGCUCCAAAAAGAUCCUCUCACUCUGCAACACCUUUGGAGGUGGGGUCUUUCUGGCCACGUGCUUCAACGCUCUCCUGCCGGCUGUGAGGGAGAAGCUCCAGAAAGUUCUGAGUCUCGGGCACAUCAGCACCGACUACCCACUGGCCGAGACCAUCGUGAUGCUGGGCUUCUUCAUGACUGUCUUCCUGGAGCAGCUCAUCUUGACCUUCCGCAAGGAGAAGCCAUCGUUCAUCGACCUGGAGACCUUCAAUGCUGGCUCGGACGCCGGCAGUGACUCGGAGUACGAGAGCCCCUUCAUGGGGGGUGCACGGGGCCACACGCUCUAUGCGGAGCCCCACCCCCACGCACACGGGCUGAGCGUCCAAGAGCUGUCGCACUCCAGCCCGCUGCGGCUCCUCAGCCUGGUAUUUGCCCUGUCGGCGCACUCCAUCUUCGAGGGCCUGGCCCUGGGCCUGCAGGAGGACGGAGAGAAGGUAGUGAGCCUGUUCGUGGGGGUGGCCAUCCACGAGACGCUGGUGGCCGUGGCCCUGGGCAUCAGCAUGGCCAGGAGCGCCAUGGCCCUGAGGGACGCGGCCAAGCUGGCCGUCACUGUCAGUGCCAUGAUCCCCCUGGGCAUCAGCAUCGGCCUGGGCAUCGAGAGUGCCCAGGGGGUGCCCAGCAGCGUGGCCUCGGUGCUGCUGCAGGGCCUGGCAGGUGGCACGUUCCUCUUUGUCACCUUCUUCGAGAUCCUAGCGAAGGAGCUGGAGGAGAAGAGCGACCGUCUGCUCAAAGUCCUCUUUCUGGUGCUGGGUUAUGCCGUCCUGGCCGGCAUGGUCUUCCUCAAGUGGUGAACCUGCCCAUCGCCCGCCCACCGGAUACAGGUGGUCCCCCCUCUCCCAGGCGGGGCAGCUCAGGCCCCGGGCUGCCACCUGUGCACAGAGGGGCUGCGCCCCAGAUCCGACACCCUGAGCCUGGGGCACAGCGACUACUUUUAAAAAUACUUCUCUUAAAAUUGUUU